GAAUGUGAGAAGUAUGUGUUUGUCUCAUAAAAAAUUUAACUUAGGUUUGAAUGAUCUGGAUUCACUAUACCAAAUCCAAGAUGUCUGACAUUCCAGCAAAAGCUUUCUUUAGAUGGAGUUGAGAAGUCUUUGAGAUAACAGGCUUUGGGCCGUGCUAUCUUGAGUGUUAUAGUGGAGUCAUUUUCCCACAAUCUUUAAGUCUCUCUCAAACUAUUUUAUGAAUGAAUUAAAUUAGUGAAAUAUAAAUAAAUGGUCUCUUUUGGAUUGCCUACCCAGUUUAGAGAAUGUUGACUUUAAAAGGUCACAAAAUCGAAUUUUGCCCAUUGGAGUGGUAUUUCCACUUGGGAGGCUCGCCCUGACUGACCUCCGCAAUCCCAUCCAUCCACUCACAUGCCGUUGUGAUAAGAGGGUGAAGUGUGAGCUAAAUAGGGACGAGGCCUGGGCAAGGUCAUUUCUGCCAGAACACCAGAGACUCCAAGAGCUCAAGGGUGCUGUAGUACAGAGAAAGGGGCUGUUCCCGAGAAUUCAAAAAAAAAAAAAGAAAAAAGAAAAAAGAAAAAACCUCUAUACAUAAAGAGUAAAAAUGAGGGUCCCUAUAUUUGAGGAUGUAAAAAAUGAAACGGAAGAGGGAAAAACAGAGGAAGAAGAUGAAGAUGACACGGUGUUUUUUAAGCCUGUUAUUGAAGACCUAAGGAUGGAAUUGGCCAGAAAAUGCACCAAACUCAUUAGUGAUAUUCAUUAUAAAGAAGAGUAUAAAAAGUCUAAGGACAAGUGUACAUUUGUGACUGACACUCCCAUGCUAAACCAUGUAAAAAAUAUCGGCGCUUUUAUUUCUGAGGCAAAAUACAAAGGCACCAUUAAGGCGAACCUCUCCAAUUCUCUUUAUAAGCAGAUGCCAGCCACAAUCGAUAGUGUUUUUGCAAGAGAAGUUACACAGCUUCAGAGUGAGGUUGCUUAUAAGCAGAAACACGAUGCUGCCAAAGGAUUCUCAGAUUAUGCCCAUAUGAAGGAGCCACCUGACAUCAAACAUGCCAUGGAGGUCAAUAAACACCAGAGUAAUAUUUCUUAUAGAAAAGAUGUGCAGGACACCCACAUGUACCGUGCGGAUCUCAAUAGACCAGACAUCAAGAUGGCAACACAGAUCUCCAAGAUCAUAAGCAAUGCAGAAUACAAGAAGGGGCAAGGAGUAAUGAAUAAAGAGCCUGCUGUAAUUGGAAGACCAGAUUUCGAACAUGCUGUGGAAGCUUCUAAACUUUCUAGUCAAAUUAAAUACAAAGAAAAAUUUGAUAAUGAAAUGAAGGAUAAGAAACAUCAUUACAAUCCUCUUGAAAAUGCUUCUUUUAGGCAAAGUCAGCUUGCCACCGCACUGGUGAGCGAUGUGAAGUACAAGAAAGACAUUCAAAGUAUGCACGAGCCAGUAUCAGAUCUCCCAAACCUGUUUUUAGACCAUGCUUUGAAAACCAGCAAAAUGCUCAGCCGACGAGAGUAUAGAAAGUUUUUUGAGGAAAACAAAGGAAUGUAUCAUUUCGAAGCCGAUGCUCCUGAACACCUGCACCAUAAAGGCAAUGCCACGCUCCAGAGUCAGGUUAAAUACAAAGAAGAGUAUGAGAAAAAUAAGGGAAAAUCAAUGCUUGAAUUUGUUGAGACACCCUCAUAUCAAGCUUCAAAGGAGGCUCAGAAGAUGCAGAGUGAGAAAGUUUACAGAGAGGAUUUUGAGAAGGAGAUUAAAGGAAGGUCAUCACUGGAUUUAGACAAGACUCCAGAAUUUUUACAUGUAAAGUACAUCACCAACCUUCUGAAAGAGAAGGAAUAUAAGAAAGAUUUGGAAAAUGAAAUAAAAGGCAAAGGAAUGGAACUUAACUCAGACGUUCUUGAUGUUCAAAGAGCAAAACGUGCAUCCGAAAUGGCUAGUGAGAAAGAAUACAAGAAAGACCUGGAGUCAAAAAUUAAAGGGAAGGGAAUGCAAGUUGGCACUGACACCCUUGAAAUACAACAUGCUAAAAAAGCUUCAGAGAUAGCUAGUCAGAAAGACUAUAAGAGAGAUCUGGAGACUGAAAUAAAAGGGAAGGGCAUGCUGGUGGGUCCAGACACUCUUGAUAUCCAGAGAGCCAAGAAAGCAUCGGAAAUGGCCAGCCAGAAAGAAUACAAGAAAGACUUGGAAAAUGAAAUUAAGGGGAAAGGAAUGCAAGUGAGCAUGGACAUCCCGGACAUACUGCGAGCCAAGAGGGCAUCUGAGAUCUAUAGCCAGAAAAAGUAUAAAGACGAAGCAGAAAAGAUGCUUUCUAACUAUAGUUCUGUGGCAGAUACUCCUGAAAUUCAGAGAAUCAAGACAACUCAACAGAACAUUAGUGCGGUAUUUUAUAAGGAAGAAGUAGGAGCUGGCAUGGCAGUAAAAUAUACUCCAGAGACUGAACGAGCGAAGAAAAAUCAGCAGAAUAUUAGUUCAGUAAAAUACAAAGAAGAGAUGAAUCAGGCAACGGCCAUUUCCGAUCCUCCAGAGCUAAAGAGAGCUAAAGAAAACCAGAAGAACAUCAGCAAUCUCCAGUACAAAGAGCAGUGCCACAAAGCCACGCCGGUGAGCGUCACACCGGAGAUGGAGAGGGUGAGGAGAAACCAGGAGCAACUGAGUACGGUAAAAUACAAAGGAGAAAUUAAACAGGCAACGGCCAUUUCUGAUCCACCAGAGCUGAAGAGAGCUAAGGAAAACCAGAAGAACAUCAGCAAUGUUUAUUAUAAAGGUCAACUGGGAAAAGCUACAGCUUUAAGUGUAACUCCUGAAAUGGAAAGAGUGAAGAAGAACCAAGAAAAUAUUAGUUCGGUAAAAUAUACCCAGGACCAUAAACAGAUGAAAGGUAGACCAAGUCUGAUUUUAGAUACACCUGGUCUGAGAUAUGUCAAAGAAGCACAAAAUCAUAUUUCAAUGGUAAAAUAUCAUGAAGAUUUUGAAAAGACAAAGGGAAGGGGCUUUACUCCUGUUGUAGAUGACCCCGUGACGGAGCGAGUGAGGAAGAACACCCAAGUGGUCAGCGAUGCGGCCUACAAAGGAGUCCAUCCUCACAUCGUGGAGAUGGACAGGAGACCUGGAAUCAUUGUCGCGCCAGUUCUUCCCGGAGCCUACCAGCAAAGCCAUUCCCAAGGCUAUGGGUACAUGCACCAGACCAGCCUCUCAUCCAUGAGGUCAAUGCAGCACUCACCAAAUCUAAGGACCUACCGAGCCAUGUAUGAUUACAGUGCCCAGGACGAAGACGAGGUCUCCUUCAGGGACGGUGACUACAUCGUCAACGUGCAGCCCAUUGAUGACGGCUGGAUGUACGGCACGGUGCAGAGAACUGGGAAAACAGGGAUGCUCCCAGCCAAUUACAUUGAGUUUGUUAAUUAGUUAUUUCUCCUUGUCUUUGAGCUUUACUCUAAUGUAUACUAAACCCAAUCUUUUUAAAAGAUAGAAGAUACUUUUAAGACAACCUGGCAGUUAUUUUACAAUAAUCUGUCUUUACUUUGACAAUGAGACACACAGGUACCAGGAAGAAGGAAUGACUUCCGGGCUCAGGACAGCUACAUUUUCAGUGGUUCCUGUGCACAAAAUCUGUAGGUCUGGAGGCCCGGUGCUGCUAAUUGGGUUAAUGGUUUCUUUUGAUUGGCUAUCAAACACUUCUGGGAAAUGUAUUUUUGUAGACUUUAAUAGAGAUGUUGAUCGUCCCUUAAAUGUAACAAGUCUAUGAAACUUCUUAGCUGUCACUUUGGAAUCACCAGAAGCCAAUUCUCUUAAUUCCUUAACACAGCCAAUAAUUUAAAGACCAUUUAGCUUUUGAGUCAUUAGGGAAUUUCCAAUUCAAGUGAUAAUUGCCUAAUGUAAUAAAUGUCAGAAAUGGCAGAAUGACAGUUUGGUUAAAAUUACAUUGACUGGUGGCCUUCGGGACCUAGAAACUUCUCCCGAACAAAGACAUUUCCUUGUUCCCUAGGCUGACUUGGGUCUCUUUAUUUCUCAUUGGUACCAAGGUGUAUCCUACUGUCCAUUUACAUUCUGUGGGCCCAAGUCUAUGCUUGAUUCCAUAGAAUGUCAGGACCAAAUAACGUCACAGCUACUCUGCAAAGGGCAAAGUUUAAGGUCAUCUCUAUUAUUUCCCUAAGCGCUUUUACCCUGUUGCAUGUCACGUAGGUUCAAGCUUCUGCACCAUAGGAAGCCGCACUGCCUAUUAUUAAAGCAAAACGUGCGGCUGAUAACCUAACGCCCCCCCCUCUAGUCGCCAGCUCAUCAGAAAAACAUAUUUGGAAAAGUUGCUUGAGAUUCUCCUGCUGCCUUGCACUCUAGUUGUGAAGGAUUUACACCUUUAGGAAAUAGAUGUCUACUCUAGCAAAUAAGUGAUUUAGGUGUUUACCGAGCAGCUUUCAUUAACUUAAUGCCGCUGUCGAUUUAAAGGUAAAGAAAACUUAAUAGGAGCCAGUGACUACAAAGUGUGCGAGAGACAUCCAGUGAACAAAAUGUCACCCCUCCGCAUAGAGAUAAUCGUUGUUUUGUUUUGUUUUGUUUUGUUUUAAAUUUCGGAAAAUGCUAUUCACAUCCGGUACUGGAAAUCUAGCCACUGAAACCAGUUAAUGAAAAGACUUCUUUUCUACUUUCUUCUGGUUUUUACUUUCUAAACCAUAUUGUGGAGGGGAGGGGUGGGAGGAUGAAAAUGCCAGCAGAGAUUUUAGGUCUAGGCCCAACAGGUUGUUCCCCAAAAGAAAUUGUUGUCCUAUCUUGAAUUUCAAAUGCGAGAACCCUGCAGGCACUUCCUGGAUUCACCACUAUGCUGCAGCCCUUGCUGGCGGGUCGAGACGAUUGGCCGGUAGUUCAUAGUCAAGGUCACUGGAGAAAUUAACAUCCAUCAGCGACUCUGUGUUUUCCUGAUGUAUUUGGACCUCAGCAGGGUAGCAUUUGUGUAGGGCCUGACUCUGGAAUUGUGAGGAAGCUGCAAAAGCAAAGUUACAAAAAUGUGAUAAAAUGUAUAGAUCUUGGGGUUAUCUCCCUUAUGUAAUAGAGGCAAAGAAAUUAACGAAAUAUCCUGUAAAAUACCUUUUACGGAAGUGUUUAGGA